AUGUUUAGACAAGUUCGGAUUAAUCGAGAGGAUGCCGAUCUUCAGAGGAUAGUAUGGCGGGCGGACGCCGAGUCAGAGGUUCGAGACUUUAGACUCGUCACCGUCACCUACGGUACGACACCGGCUCCGUAUUUGGCAAUCAGAACCUUGCUCCAAUUGGCUGAAGAUGAAGAGUCCCGGUUCCCUCAAGGAGCAUCAGCAAUCCGCAACCACACUUACGUAGAUGACAUACUAGCUGGCGCCAACACUCUUGCAGACGCCCUGGAACUCAAACUUCAACUGGAAGGCCUACUCCAAGCAGGAGGGCUCCAUCUAAGUAAAUGGGCUGCUACUCAAGCAACGCUCUGUCCUGAGGGGGAUCAGGGGCAACGAUUUAUUGCAACUAACGACAAUGUGGGUGCCCUAGGCAUCCUUUGGACUCCUACCAAGGACACACUUGGCCUAAAGGCGGUCCCGUCAUUUGAUGUGACGACACAACCAACAAAACGCUCCAUACUUUCCUUCGUGGCUAAGCUAUUUGAUCCCGCAGGCUGGGCGGCUCCUGUAAUAGUAGUAGCCAAAAUAUUAAUACAAGAUCUUUGGAUGGCGGGUUUAAACUGGGACCAAGAAUUGCCCCCGGAGUUACAGACUUGUUGGUUGAAAUACAUUACCCGCUUACCUGAACUGAAUCUAUUACAGAUACCUCGGUGGACCGGUAUUCGCACGCCAAUGGAACUUCAUGCCUUCUCGGACGCCUCUGAAAGAGCCUAUGCCGCUGCGAUUUACCUGCGAGGGCUCGGGCCGCACGGGGACAUUGAAGUGUCUCUCCUGCUUGCUAAGACCAAGAUCACUCCGAUUAAACCAGUCUCCAUACCUAGACUUGAGUUGUGCGGUGCUCUACUAGCCGCCCGGCUAUUGUGUCGGCUCACUAAACAUCUGAAAUUGGAGAGCUGCCCUCUAUACGCAUGGACUGACGCAAGGGUGGUACUUGCAUGGCUACGAGCACAUCCCUCACGUUGGACACCUUUCGUAGCCAACCGGGUGGCUGCCAUACAAGAAUUAAUGCCGGGGAAUCAUUGGCACUAUGUUGCUACGUCAGAAAACCCUGCAGAUCUAGCUACACGGGGCAUCUCGCCAUCGGAGCUGAGAGACCGACGCCUUUGGUGGUCGGGACCCCCAUGGUUGGGAUCCCCGUCAAGUGACUGGCCAAGUGAAAGUGAUGCUCGACAGGAAGUAACCGAGGAGCGGCGCACACACGCUACCACUCUUACUACUGAUAAAAUCGACAAUGAUGUCCUUACACGAUUCUCAUCAUUUUCUAAAUUAAUUAGAGUUUCAGCAUACUGCCUCAGGCUGCUACGAGACGUUGAACGACCCCACGCCGUUCAUCUCACUGCAGAUGAACUGGCACGCUGUCGAUUGCGCUGGUGUCGCAUCGCUCAGCACCAGGACUUUGCGGAGGAGAUCAAGGUCCUCUCCCGCGGCUCCCAGCUGGCCCGUCGAUCCCCGCUACUGUCGCUACGGCCCUUCCAAGGACAGGAUGGGCUGAUAAGAGUAGGCGGCAGACUUGCUCACGCACCGUUGGCCUUUGCCGAAAAACACCCGAUUGUUCUCGCCAAAGAGAACCAUCUUUCGUUACUCCUCGUGCGCGAUGCACACGAAAGAACCCUCCACGGCGGUCCGCAGCUCACGAGGAGCGUGCUCUCUCGCCGUUACUGGAUUUUGCAAGCCAACUCGCUAAUUAGAUCCGUUGUAAAACAAUGUGUAAAAUGUGCUCGUUUCAGGGGAACCACUUCUCAACAACAGAUGGGCCAUCUACCAGCGGAUCGAGUCAGACCGGCCCGACCGUUCUGGACCACUGGCGUGGAUUACGCUGGACCCAUCAAGCUUCGAAUUUCCAAGGGCCGCGGAUGCAAAGGCUACAAAGGAUAUAUCUGCCUAUUCAUUUGCAUGGUCACCAGAGCCGUGCAUUUGGAAGCCGUAUCGGAUCUCACCUCUAGCUCAUUCCUGGCCGCUUUUAGGCGUUUUGUGGCAAGGAGAGGCCGUUGUGCGUACCUGACUAGCGACAACGGUACCAAUUUCCGAGGGGCCGAACGAGAGUUGCGGGACCUAUUCAGCGCCGCUGCCGAUUUUUACAAGGAUUGUAAAGCCCAGCUGGCUCAAGACAGCACGGAAUGGGCUUUUAUCCCUCCUUCUGCCCCGCACUUCGGCGGACUCUGGGAGGCAGGCGUCAAGGCCACUAAGUACCAUCUCCGACGCGUCUUAGGAGAUCAAAUACUUACCUACGAAGAAUUGACCACAUUACUUUGUCAAAUCGAGGCGUGCCUCAAUUCAAGACCGCUCUAUCCGUUAAGCAAUGAUCCAAACGAUUAUUCUGCGAUCACCCCUGGGCACUUCCUUAUAGGAGAGAGCCCAGUCAAUGUACCGGAACCGCCCACCCUGACGGAUACCCAUGGGAGGGCUAACUCUAGGUCUAUUUUGAUUACUAAUCUACGUGAUCAUUUUUGGAACAGGUGGUCGCGAGAAUACCUUCACCAUCUACAACAAUUGGGUAAAUGGCGGCAACGCUCGGAAAAUCUACAGCCAGGCGCCCUGGUUCUCAUCAAGGACGACCUCUUGCCACCAGCCAAAUGGUCCUUGGGACGGAUCAGCGAGGUUCACCCCGGGGACGACGGAAUUGUACGCGUGGUCACGGUGGAGACGUCAACUUCAGCUCUCCGCCGCCCUAUCACCAAGAUCUGCCCACUUCCCAUCAAACCUGCAGACCUGACCGCGAACAACUCAGGAGAGCAACCUAAUUAA